AGGUGGUCAUUGUGGUAACCACACAUCUCGAUGCUGGUCAUGAUCCUGAUGUCAAGUUAGCUCAAUUGAAAGUUGUCGUCGAUGUUGUGGCCUUCCUCGAGAAGGAGUGCUCAUCGAGGGGACUUCAUGUGGCUGCAGCAGCUAUGACUGGCGAUUGGAACAUUGAUGGCACUGGCAGAGAUCAUGGGGCGCGCGCUAAAGCCUUGUCGUCCACCUCUCGUACAGUAUGCACUACUUCAAGAUCGUCUGAUGAGGAGGAAGAAGAAGGCAGCCCCGUCGGCGUGAAUCAGAACUCUGGCGUCUACGGAAGGGUCCAGAGUUUCCUGGCUAAGUCGGGCUUCCAGGAUGUGUGGCAAAUGCACGCUGAGAAGGAAAGUCUUCCUCGUGCGCCGAGUUACGAGGGCGACUGGGGAGAACUUAGUGAAGAAAGCCUGGUGAAGUAUGGAGUUACGAGUGACCAGGACGUCCCAUCGUGUCCGAAGCGAUUGGAUUAUCUAUGGGUUAAAAGUGGCGCUGAAGAUGCAACAUCCGAAAGUCGUCCGCCAGCUGAGAGCAGUCUCAGCUCUAUCAGUGCUAGCAGUAGCCGGUCGAGAUCUCAAGAGGUUAUGAUGGUGACGAUCGCGCCCGCCCAGUUGUGGCGAGCAGACGUACCUCUGAGAAGUGCAUGUGCUAAGGCUAUGCUCAGCGGUGAUAAGAGGGAAGAACGAGGGUUGAGGAGGCAGAUCAAUAGUCACAACACCAACCGCACAUCUGAUCACGCCUCUCUAGUGGGUCGUAUCCGCCUUUCGAGAAUGGCUGGCCCGGUGUCCCCUGCAAGUAAUCAACAAGCCAAAGAUGACCUCAAGUUGACCGCGCGAGAAGCCGGAAGUUCUCAGUUGGCCGACGUUGACAGUAGCGAGAUUGUUGUUAAUGUGGGCAAUUAGAAGAUUAUAAUUCAUUUGUAUAUUUCAUUGCGCCACGAAUUUCACGGCAUAUGUACUGUCAGCUUUUUGUAGAAAUGUUGAAAAUUAGCAAAAUUAUGGGGAAAUUAUCACUACGCCCGACGAGAUGGCGCUGUUUUGUUCAAUCAGAUGUGUAAUUGAUUCACCUUACAGUUAUUGAAAUACUAUC